ACAAUUAAAAUUUUAUGAAGAUUUAUUGUUUCUUGACAAUAAAUUAUUAAAAUUUUGUUGAUAUAUUAUAUUAUUUAGUUUUGUAGUGCCUUUUUAUUAUAAUUAUUAUAUAUUUUUCUAAUUUAUCAUGCCAAUAAAAAUUUUACUAGCCCGACAAAUUUACGAUGCAACCGGCAUACCGACAGUGGAAGUGGAUAUGGUGACUGAACUGGGACUUUUCCGGGUCGGAGUCCCGUCAACGGAUGAAAAGAAAAUAGCUGAAGCUGUUCAACUACGUGAUAACAACCCUGCUGAAUAUAAUGGAAUGGGUGUAUUGAACGCAGUUAAAAACAUUAACACUAUAAUUGCUCCUGAGCUUAUAAAACAAAACCUUGAAGUGACCUUGCAAAAAGAAAUAGACCAAUUCAUGAUUGCUCUAGAUGGAACAGAAAAUAAGUCAAGACUUGGUGCAAAUGCAAUUAUGUGCGUGUCUUUAGUAGUCGCGAAAGCUGGCGCAGCCAAGAAAGGAGUUCCUCUAUAUAGACAUAUUUCUGACAUGGCUGGUGUAGCAAGUAUCAUAUUACCAGUUCCGCAUUUUACUAUUUUGACGGGCGGUGUAUUAAGUUGCAACGGAUUACCAUUUCAAGAGUACUGUAUUAUGCCUACAGGGGCUUCAUCUUUCACUGAAGCGAUGCGAAUUGGAACUGAAAUUUAUCAAUACGUGAAAAAGAUAGUAACUGCAAAAUAUGGAGUUGAAGCCUCAUACGUAAGUGACUCAGGUGGUUUUGCAGUACCAUUAGAAAGUCAUAGGGAUGCAUUGGUUUUGCUUACGGACGCGAUUAAGCAGUGUGGCUAUUUUGGUAAAGCAGAGAUUUCUAUUAAUGCUGCUGCUACCGAUCUUUUUAAGGACGGAGCAUAUGAUCUUGAGUUCAAAAAUCCCAACUCAAAUCCCCAAGAUUAUAUGUCAUCAGACAAACUUGCUGAAGUAUAUUUAGAUAACAUAAAAGAGUUCCCCGUCAUUUCAGUGGAAGACGCUUUUGAAUUUGACGAUUGGGCAGCUUGGUCUACUUUGACUGCGCGCACCCAAAAUCAGCUCUUUGGUAAUGAUUUGACUCAGACUAACUUGAGAAGAGUUGGUCUUGCGGUAGAAAAAAAAGCGGGAAAUGCUAUAGGUCUUAGACUAAACCAAGCGGGCACUCUAACUGAGGUAAUUGAAGCCUACAAGUUAUUAAAGACAAAUGGAUUUGGCAUAGUCGUAUGUGACAGAUGGAGAGAUACGGAUGAUUUAUUCUUAGCAGAUUUAGUAGUAGGUUUGUCAGCAGGUCAGGUAAAAUGUGGUGCACCAGCACGAUGCGAACGUAUAGGAAAAUAUAAUCAAAUAAUAAGAAUUGAAGAAGAAUUAGGUGCAUUGUCCAAAUAUGCUGGAAAAAAUUUUCGUGGCCAAAUGUAGUUUUCUCCAAACCUUUACAUUGUUCGUAUUUUUUUUUUCUUAUAAUAUAUUAAAAUAAUAAAAAAAUAUUUUUUAUAAACGUAUUAGAAAUCCUUCGAAAUACAUUUAUUAUUU